ACCUGCUGGAGACAACUGUCUUGCAGUCUUCUUACAAGGAGCAUAUGGAGCAUUUGUGGGUGAUCUCUAGUUCUCUCCUUUAUCCAGAAAGGUUCAAAGAGCCAGUCUACUCAUCGGCUCUUCCUUCUUCCCUGUGGUUGUCAGCUCUGCUUUUUCUUGGAAUUGUCUUUGGUUCUCCAUUCUUUUUCCCCAGAGUCUCAAAACUCUUAAGAGAAACCCUGUAACAGAUCACUAGCUCCUGAGAGUGAACUCUUAAAAGAGUUCUUAGCUCAAGUGUGAAAUUGCUCACCAUCUAACAGAAAAUUGUCACCUGUUAUUCAAAUCAGGCUUAGUGCAGGAAAUUAGAACAAUUACUGACAUGACACCCAUUUUUUAAAAGGGAUCCAGGGCUGAUCAGGGAAAUGACAGGUCAGUCAUCUUGGUGUAUAAUUGGCCAUUACUUCCCUGCACUGCAGCCGGAAUUGAAUCUCACUCAUACGGAGACAGAGAAUGCUUCACCGCAACUACCCAAUUUUGGCAUCUCCACCACAGCCCCUGGCUCCUGUUGAAGGCGGGAGUGAUCUGUGCACCUUUGUGUCAGCAGCAACGUCCCAUGUGAUGCGUGCUCUGCAGAAGCCCUGCAAGAGCCGACCUACUAAGCGGAAAGUGAAUCUCCGGCGCUUCCUGCAAAACCAGAUAAGCAGAAGCUUUCUUGACAUUGAAGCUGCUACUCACAGCUUGGCCUCCUCCAUCCUUUCGCAAGAAGCUCUGGCAGUGCCUAAGGUAUCCCAGCAAAAGACCCCUCCGAAGCCCCCCUCAUCCCAGCCAGUCCAGACUCCUCCUGCCUCUUUUUCAGGCAUAGCAGAAACUUUUGCAGCUCCAGACCCGAUCCCUAGUUGGUGCCUCUCCCUUGAGUCUCUCAUGUCAGAGCCUGAUGAAUUUUUUGAACCCAUUGCCAAGGAGAACUUGCUUGCCCUGGAUGCAUUUGGUUCAAACCAUCUGGGAUAUGAUACACACCCCAAUUCACAGUCCUGUGUACUUUUGACAGCCUGUGGAAACCUUCUGGAGCCCACUCCAGCCUACUCUCCAAUGUCUCAUCUCUGCUGCCACUCCAAAGGCAACGUCACCUUCUGCCUAUGA